CAUUCUACUUUCUUCCACUACUUGCUGCACUGCACACACACAGCUCUCUCUCCUGCCCUUACGAAGAAGUGAAUGAAUGCUAGGAGGAGGGCGUGGGCCCCCCAGAAGCAGCCGUAGCCCAUGUGAGGUGGGCCUCAACUCCAAUGAGAGGAGGCGUUGCUUUGCGGUGCUUGGCCUCUGGAGCAAGGAAAAGUGUGAGAAGAGAGAGAAAGUCGUCCACCAUUCCUCUCUCUCUAGGGCCAAACCUCUCUCUCUAGGGCCAAACCAGUCGUUUUCAAACCCAACAGCUUUCUUUCUCUCUCUCUUUCCUCCCCCCACUCUGAUACAGUGGACAGUGUGUUGUGGUGUGCAGAGCAAGGAAAAAUGAGAAUGACAGGGACACUGGUUGUUGUCGCUGCAGUUAAUCUGAUUUUGUGCUCUUGGAUCCGUUUCGCAAUGCUUGCGUAGCUAGAUUCGUCGCCAUCUCGGUCUCUGUCUCUGUCUCUUCUCCUCUCUCUGCAUGAUGGAAAACGGUGGCUCUGCUGAGGAAUGCUGUGUGAAGGUUGCCGUCCAUGUUCGCCCUCUCAUCGGCGAUGAACGCUCCCAAGGAUGUAAAGACUGUGUCACUGUAAUUCCUGCUAAACCCCAGGUGCAAAUUGGAACUCAUUCUUUUACCUUCGACCAUGUCUAUGGAAGCUGUGGUUCACCAUCCUCAGCCAUGUUUGAAGAAUGUGUCGCUCCACUUGUUGAUGGUUUAUUCCAAGGAUAUAAUGCAACUGUUCUGGCAUAUGGACAGACUGGUUCGGGCAAAACAUACACCAUGGGAACUGGUUAUAGGGAUGGAUGCCGGGCCGGGCUUAUACCUCAAGUAAUGGACGCUCUAUUUAACAAGAUUGAAACCCUGAAGAGUAGGACUGAAUUCCAGCUACGUGUUUCAUUCAUUGAGAUCCUGAAAGAGGAGGUGCGAGACUUGCUUGAUCCUGCAUCUGCUGGAAAAUCCGAUACACUUAAUGGCCAUGCUGGGAAAGUCACAGUCCCAGGGAAGCCACCAAUACAAAUCCGAGAGACAUCGAAUGGAGUGAUUACACUUGCAGGAUCAACAGAAAUUGAUGUCAGCACACAAAAGGAAAUGGCUGCAUGUCUGGAACAAGGAUCAUUGAGUAGAGCCACAGGAAGCACAAACAUGAACAGUCAGUCAAGUCGUUCGCAUGCAAUCUUCACAAUCACUGUGGAGCAGAUGCGUAAAUGGGAUAUUGCUGGUGGGGAGGCUGGCUCACUAGAUGAUGGUGGAGAAGAUUAUUUAUGUGCUAAGCUCCAUUUGGUAGAUCUUGCUGGAUCAGAGCGUGCCAAAAGGACAGGAUCCGAUGGUCUUCGUUUUAAAGAGGGAGUUCAUAUUAAUAAGGGGCUUCUUGCUCUUGGCAAUGUCAUAAGUGCACUUGGAGACGAGAAAAAGCGAAAAGAGGGUGUACAUGUGCCAUACAGGGACAGCAAACUUACUCGUCUCUUGCAGGACUCACUUGGGGGGAACAGCAGAACUGUCAUGAUAGCUUGUAUAAGUCCAGCAGAUAUUAAUGCAGAGGAAACUCUGAAUACUCUCAAAUAUGCUAACCGAGCUCGCAAUAUUCAGAAUAAACCCAUUGUCAAUCGAGAUCCAGUCUCAAGUGAAAUGCAACGGAUGCGCCAGCAACUUGAGUAUUUACAAGCAGAGCUAAUUUGUGCUCGUGGAGGAGGAGGUGUUUCGCCAGAUGAAAUACAGGUUUUUAAGGACAGGAUAUCCUGGCUUGAGGCUACUAAUGAAGAACUAUGUCGAGAACUUAACGAAUAUCGCAGUAGAUUCUUGCAGAUGGAGCAGCGUGGAGUGGAUACUCAGAAUGGUGAUGGCUACUUCUCAAAGGCAGAGAGGACAGAAUUUGGAAGGCAGAGUGCUGACUCCUCUGAUUAUCAUAUGUGUGAACCUUUUACUGGUCGAUCCCUCGUUCCUUUCCAGGAUGUAUCCUUAAAACCAUGUUUGCCAGUUAGUGGCAUUCUAUCUAACCAUCUGGUGCCAAUGGAAAUAGGAAGGAUUGCCCUUAGUUCUGCAGGUGACAAUGCCAAAGAGAUGGAUGAAGAAGCUGCAAAAGAGUGGGAACAUACAAUCUUACAAGAUUCGAUGGACAAAGAGCUGAAUGAGCUAAAUAAACGUCUUGAACAAAAAGAGUCAGAGAUGAAAAUGUUUGGUGGAGUUGACACUCUAGCUCUUAAGCAACAUUUUGGCAAGAAGCUCUUGGAACUGGAGGAGGAAAAACGUAUUGUUCAGCAAGAGAGAGACCACCUUUUUGCUGAAGUUGAGAGCCUUGCUGCCACUUCCGAUGGACAAACACACAAAAUGCGGGAAGUUCAUUUGCAGAAACUAAAAACCCUUGAAUCACAGAUUUUAGAUCUUAAGAAGAAACAAGAAAGCCAUGUUCACCUUAUAAAGCAGAAGCAGAAAAGUGAUGAAGCAGCGAAAAGGCUCCAGGAUGAAAUACAAUCUAUUAAGGCACAAAAGGUCCAAUUGCAGCAUAGGAUAAAACAAGAGGCAGAACAAUUUCGUUUGUGGAAGGCUUCUCGUGAGAAGGAGCUCUUGCAGCUGCGGAAGGAGGGAAGGAGAAACGAAUAUGAAAGGAGGAAGUUGCAAGCUUUGAACCAACGGCAGAAAAUGGUUCUUCAAAGAAAGACAGAAGAGGCUGCUAUGGCCACGAAGAGGCUAAAGGAGUUACUUGAGACUAGGAAGUCUUCUCCUCGCGAUACUGGAGUUGCCGGUGGUGGAAAUGUGUCACCUGGCCAGUCACAGAGCAAUGAAAAAUCUUUGCAAAGGUGGCUUGAUCAUGAAUUGGAAGUUAUGGUGAAUGUGCAUGAGGUCCGUUGUGAAUAUGAAAAGCAAAGUCAAGUGAGGGCUGCAUUGGCAGAGGAACUAAGCAAAUUAAAACAAGAGGACGAGAUGUGUUCUAGUGGUCUUAGCCCUGCAAGAGGGAAGAAUGGAAACUCUGCCAGAAUGGCUGCCAUGUCUCCCAAGUCAAGAUUGUCAAGAAUCACAUCGCUUGAGAACAUGCUGAACAUUUCCUCAAACACGCUUGUGGCCAUGGCAUCCCAGCUGUCAGAGGCAGAAGAGAGGGAGCGUGCAUUUACUGGGCGAGGCCGAUGGAAUCAGUUGCGCACUAUGGGAGAUGCAAAGAGCUUGCUUCAAUAUAUGUUUAAUGCUGCUGCAGAUGCAAGAUGCAGACUCUGGGAGAAAGAAAUUGAAAACAAGGAGAUUAAAGAGCAAAUGAAUGAACUUGUUGGCUUACUGAGACAGAGUGAAGCUCGUCGUAAAGAAAUCGAGAAGCAACAUAAGUUGAGAGAGCAAGCUGUUGCAAUUGCUUUGGCAACAUCAGCCUCGGCCGGUUCACAUGGUUCAGCAAAACAUUCUGCAGAAGAUAUCAGUGGUUCAUUAUCCCCUGUUGGAGUACCUGCACUGAAACAGCCAAAGUAUUCUCCUGGCCUUUCAAAUGGCUCAGCUAAGCGAACAGUGUUGUUUCCUAGCACUCAAUGCAAGGUGAUUUCAGGUUCACAGUUAACUGCAGCAAAUAAGCUGAUGGUCGCCAAACAAGCUGGGAAGCUUUGGAGAUGGAAGAGGAGUCAUCAUCAGUGGCUGCUUCAGUUCAAGUGGAAAUGGCAGAAACCAUGGAGACUCUCGGAAUGGAUCAGGCACAGUGAUGAGACGAUUGUCAGGGCAAGGCCCAGGCCCCAGGCUUUGGUUGAUGCCAUUUAAAUGUAAAUCCUUAAGUAUGAGAGAGGUUCCUUAAGCACGUGUAAAUUUGGCGCACUAUGUUCUCUCAUCAGGAGAUGCGGUUUUUGGAGGAAGAACGUGAGAAUUAAAACAAUACAUCAAUGACAAGGAAUAAGGAGGAAUGAGAGUCCUAACAGUCAUUAUUUGGCGGAGUGCAUCAUGGUCUGCUUUCUUUUUGGUUGGCAUUGGUCAGGAAUAAGGGUCUCUGCUGUUUGGAAGUAGCUUCUUUGGCUUUGAUACGGCCUCUCUCCCACUAAAGUGAAUGGUUUCAUCAUAGCACUUCUUGUUGGUUGGCAUUGGUCAGGAAUAAGGGUCGCUGCUGUUUGGAAGUACCUUCUUUGGCUUUGAUACGGCCUCUCCCACUAAAAGUGAAUGAUUUCAUAAUAGCAUUUGAUAGCAUUGGGGGGCAUCUUGUACAGUACAGUAGUAGCGGUGCCCUUCACCUUAUCACAAAUCUGAGGUUUUUUUUUUCUUUUCUUUUCAGUUUAUGAUUUUUUGGGGGGAGGUAUAAGAAUGCAGUCAGAUUUCUGGAUGCGGAUUGUGGUGGGGCGAGGGCUGUAGAAGGUCUCAAUAGUCUUGGCUAGUGUGUUGGGUUUGAUGUUCUUUUGAUUUGUUCAGUGUUUAGAAGCUACGAUAUUCAUGGAACAGCUACUGGGACAUUGCUUUUAUUGUGAUGACGGUUUUGCACGAGCUCCUUUGUCCUUUGUAUAAUUUCAUCUAUUGUUUUGCCAUGAAUACAAAUUGUUUCACGAGUUAAUUGAUAACA